AUGAGUUCGUCUUCGUUACCAGAUUUGCCAAAUUACGUUUUUCACAUUCAAUGUUUAAUUCCACCGAGUUUAUCUCGAUCAUCAUCAGUGUUCAUGAAAUCUUCCAAUAGCAAUUCCGCAAUGACAACAUCGACUAAACCUCCGCUCGCGAACUCCUACGGAAUAUCUCCAUUGAAAUCGUCAACACCACAAACGACAUGCAAUAUCUGCAAACGUCUUUUAUAUUCGUUUGAAGAAAUUCUUAUCUGUCGGGCAUGCGAUGGAUCAUAUCACUGGCGAUGUGUUAAACCCGAAAUGACUACUCAUUAUGGUGAAAAUGCUCCUUUUGUCUGCGACAAAUGUGACGAUAAUCUGGUGGGAACAUCAACAAAUUCACUUUCUCGACAGGCCAACGGUGGAAUCAAAAUCAAAUCGCUGAAUUCCUCCGAAGCAGAUUACCGUGAAUUCGCUAACGUUCCGUCGAAAUUAAACGCAACGCCAACACGAGAUACAGCGGUCGUCAACGCUGUACGAUAUUUCGAAGAAAAACAGCAACAACAAUCGCCACAAAAACUGCCCAGAUCGAACGAAAUCGAUGGACAAUAUUCAACACAAGCAAAUGGCCAUUUUACGGAUGAUAGUAAGUCAAUUCAACGUAUUCAACAACAAAGAAAUCUACAUCCGGACAACGAAAAUACAUCUUUAGGCAUGUUUCAAGCUAAUUAUCAAUACACUCCACUCAAAGAAUAUGCCGCGAUGAAAAAUGGACGUUCACCAAACGAUGUCAACAACAACGGUUAUCAAACAUCCUCACCAAGCAACGGUGACCGACAGUUUACCUCCCAAUAUAACAAUGGCUUACGUUACACGAGUCAUACUUAUGACUCGAGCAAAACUCAACAUGUUGAGUCGCCAAUACAUAUGCCGCCACAUUUUACAACAACGACGAAUUUUAAUGUCAAUGAGAAAUCGUCUCAUGCUACAACGUAUUUAUCAGCGCAUCGUGAAAAUGAAUCGUCGACGUACAGACCGAUUUCAUCCCAGUUGCAUACAGAUCAUCAUUCGACUGUUGAAAGUGACUCGGGCAUUGUCAUGACGAAUUCGAAUCAUUUAUCAACGGAUGAAAAUCAAAUCAUCGAAAAGAAAUUAACAACACUUGUUCAACGAAUUGGCCGACAAUUAGAAACAGAUGCUCAGAAAUUAAGUGAUAAAUUAGAAACGAAACUGAAAAAUCUGGAAAAUAUGAUUCAUCAGCAAACUUAUGUUAUUCGGCAACAAGAUGAAGUCAUCGAACGAUUAAAGACUAAAAUCUCGAAAAUUGAAACCGAACGUGAUCACUUUCGAGAUCGAUUGUCGUACCAUGAACAAAGCAAACUCGAUGAGAAGAAAUAUCUUACAACAGAUACAGAAGAAUCAAUUGAUCGAAAAACGCUCGAACUCGAUGACCAACAGCAAACGUUGAACGACAUAUCAGGAAACAGAAAAUUUUCGACGACAUCAUCAGUUACUACUGAUAAUAGCAAACGAUCAAGUAAAAAGACUCCCGCGCCACGAGUCGAUCAAUAUACACCACCUGCUACCUACGAACACGAUCCAACUGUAUCAAAACUGAUUAAAACGGUCCCCACAAAUCAAGAACGUCCUGUAUCAGAUGUAUCACCGCCAACAAUAGCCACACAAUUAGCCACAUCCGUACCGUUAGUAGAACGACCGGCUGCAUCAAGUCGUCUUGAUAAUAUCAUUCAUCAAUCAAAUACUGUCAAGUCAACUGAUCCAUUAUCCUAUUAUAACGUAGCUGAACUUCGUCACGCUGAUCCGCGGGUAACUGGGAGAGAAAUUUCCAUCGAUCAAGUUAUGAUGAGUGUACAUGGUGAAAAUGAUGAUGGUGAUGCGGAAAGUAAACCAAAACAAGCCUCGACUGGUCAAUUACGCCGGUCGUCUUCAUCGUCAUCAUCAUUCUCGUCUGAGCCAUUACCGAAAGACACUGAUGCGAAAAAUGCAAAAUCAACAAAUGAUAUUGGUUUAUCUGUGCGAAAUACUGAUUUACAUCGUAGUUUGCAAGUCAUUCCACGUAAAACCUCGCAAACCGAACAAGUACUUAAUCCAUCGAAUAAAACAGCGUCAUUAGAAAUCGGCUCAAAAUUAACACGAUACGAUGAUGCACCGUCAAUUUAUAUCACGCCACAUGAAGCAGCGCAUCCAGCUUCUCAAUAUCAAGACGCAACGAAAGGAUGGCUUCGAAAGCAGAAUCGCGAAUCAUUUUUCAAACGAGUUGAACGUUACUAUUGUGUUCUAUCAAAGAAUAUACUUUUAAUGCAUAAGAACGAAAAUGAUAGAAUACCGCAUAAAGCAAUUAAUCUGAAAGGAGCAAAAGUUCUUCAGUAUGAUGAUACAAAACAUGGACCAUCAUUGGAACUAACUUGGUCGACUCGUCGGAAUAAUGCCAAGCAUUACAAUCUGUAUGCUCAGAAUGCUCAAGAAACUGAACAAUGGGCAGUGGCCAUUCAAGGUGCUAUCAACAAUUUGAACGAUCAAAACAAAUGGCAACGAUACCAUAUCAAUACAUAA